AGCAGUGCAAGAAGAGGACAUGGUUGCCACAGAAGAAGUCUGCCUUCGUCGUGGAAAAGAAGACUUGCACGCCAGCAAUUAUUGGAGAGAGCAUCGAUCAUCAAGUCUUCUUCUUCUUCUUCUUCUUCUUCUUCUUCUUCUUCUUGAUAUUGUGGUGGUGGGUGCCGGCAAUGCUGCGGUGUGAGCCGAAUGAGGCAGAAGAAGCACAUCAGCAGGCUGAUUGCUGUCGUGCUUGUUUGGUAGACUAGCAUUUGCCGUGAAUCAUGGAGGGGUCAAUGACUGUUGCUUUGCACCGUGAUUGAGUACUGUUCAUGGACUACCAACACACUUGCACCAGUCACUCCUGCAUCUUUGGUGUAUCAGAACAGUGUCCUGCAAUCAUGGCUACAUGACUGGCUAAUGUCACGAGAACAUGACAGUCAUCAUCAUCAUAGCAUUUGGACCAUCUGAGCACACCGACAUGCCCUGUCACUUAGCUGGAUGGCCCUUCCACUUGCACUGAUGACUGAGGAGAGCAGCGAUACUUUGAUGUCUACAGUUUGUUUGAGAUUGAGAUCGAGAUGGGAGCAAAGGAAUUAUGAAGGGCGGAGAUUGAGAUCGGGAGGCGGAAUUAGAUUCGUGCAAGCUUGAUUCGAUCCCAAUGUAUCCGCUCGAUCUCGAUUUGCGGUGGUGUGAAUGGAGUAUCUCUUUAUGCGGGACCAAUGCUGCAGCCAAUGGACAAGCGGGUAGGAUCGAGGGGAUCGAUGAACGAGCUGGAAGAGCGUUUUUUGCGAUGGUUUUUGAGGAAAACGGUACCAAUUUCUGGCUCCCAUUCGACUUUUGAACUCCCCUCGGCCAUGGAAUCCGGCGGUGAACUAUCGCUCUAUGAGGCCGUGGCGAAACCCUCUGCCGAUUUCGAGAAGAAGGGUUCGGAUCUUGAAGCGUCGGCGUUCACCAGGACCGGCAUCGGCGCCAGAAAGGAGCUUGCAAGGAUGGUUUGCUUUUGAACAAUUGUGGUUAUAGGCCUUAUCCCUGGGUAACCUAGAAGGCAGGAGUAUAUCGAGGGAACCAUGAAAUAUGUUAUGUUUUGAAUGGUGGAUCCAAGGACACUGGACAUUCAAUUCUGUAUUCUGUUAACAAGUCCACAUCACAGAUUAAGAAGAACCUUCAUCGGAAAAGCGCUUCUCCACUUAACUGGUUUCCUCGAAAAAAGACUGAUUCAUUCUUGAAGAGAAAAAUAAAGCAUCUUCAGGAGAUUGAAGGAAUGAACCUUUCUCUCGAUGAAACACUUGGAAAUGCCAAUCCUCACUAUACUAGGAUUGCAAGGGAGAAGAUUGCAGCUCAAGAGGCAGCCCGGAAGGCCAUGGAAGCCAGGAGAGCUGCUAUGAUUGAAGCCUCCUGGUGUCGGAUACUUGGGGCAGCCAGGAUUAGAAGUAAAGAAGCAGAAGCACGGCUGGAGAAAGCUGAGAAAUGUGCGGCAGAAGCCUUCGAAGCAGCAAGAGCUAUGGGAGUAAUGAUGUACGAUAGGCCCGAUCGUCAAAGGAGGCAAUGGGAAGUAGAAACAUCUUUAGCCAUCGGAGGACGAUCCACUCACAGAGUCACUACCUCUUUCGAGACUGCAUUCGAAGUGGAUAAGGAGGUGGCAGCAGCAGUUAAAAGAGCAUUCAUGCGGCUUGCAAAUUGUCCCUCUUCUUCAAACAAAGAAGAAUUCAAAGAUUUACUAUGCAAAAUCAGUCAAAAUCCUGAUACCAAUGGUUCCAUGGAGGAUCUACCAGAGAAGUUUUCAGAAUGUGAAACUGAUCGCGGAGCAGAACCUGAGCAAGAUUCACAUAUUAGUCGUGACACAGUCAAGAAGCAUGCCACCAGAAUAAAACAAAGAAAACAGAAGAACAGCUUGCUUCCAACUGUUGGUGGCAGCAGUAGCUCUACGUCACCAACGGUGCUCAUCGAUUCAAUGCUCGACAGGCUUACAUGUUUGCAUGAAGAUGAGCUUGCUUCUCUAGCUGUUAUUGUUGCAACUCGUGGCCUGAAUGCUGCCCUUCGGGAAACGGAGAGUAGCAAAGAGAAUGAUGUUGAGCCCAUUAGCAGUUGCAUUUGUACGCUACAGAAAGAAGCUCUUGCCGAAGUACCAAGUCUCGACAAGUUUUUGGUGAAACAUGUGUCGAGACUCGAAAGAGAAGUUCAAGAAGCAAAGAGAAGUAAUGCAGAGAUAGACAAGCAGAGAACAACCGAUACCCGAGUUGUUGAAAGCAAGAUAUCGAAUAAAUAUGAAACACAGGCAGAUUCCAGUUUGGAUUUGGGAAGUGAUCUCGUAAAACAUGUCUCUGAACUUGGAAAUGGUAUCCUAGAAUCCAGGAGGGACAACUCACAAGUGAAAGAUGGAAGUAUGACGGCCAAAUCCAAUGCUAUUGCACCUUCAUCUGACAACAUCCCUUCCUUGGAAGAGUUAUCUGGACCAUCACAUAACAAGGUAUGCAAACAGUCGAGCAGUUCUAACAGGCUGACCGAAGAUGUAGCACAUCUUGACUUAAUGGUAAUGCCCGAGGAAGUUCAUAGACGGCCUUCUGAUGGUAGAGGAGGAGGAGGCAAGGAGAAUAUAGACCUCGUUCCUGUCGACGAGAUGCACAAGGCUGGUAAACGCAUGUCUCGAGUCGAAAGAGCUAAAGUCGAGGUUCUGAAAGCAUUUUCUGGCCAAGAAAGAAAUAGAGGUGGUGACACAGUCGAAGCAAUGGGCCUUGAUAAGAUCUUAGUCAAACCAAUUCACAGGUUGGAGAAGGAGAAAAUGCGAGCUGUGGAGCAAAGGAGGGACGAGAUCGUGCCAAGAGACCACAAGAAGCAAGGAACCGAUGUCAAUGCUCCAGAGAGUCUAGACAUGGUCUUGGUAAAGCAUGUCUCCAGACUCGAGAAGGAGAAAUUGACAGUCGCAGGCACAAGGUCAGUGAAAAGAAACAAUCAGCAGCAGCCCAGAGAAUGUGCGGAAAGUUUAGACGAAAUCCUGGUGAAGCAUCAAUCCAAACUGGAGAAGGCCAAGCUGGCCGUAACUCGACAACCGGCAGAUUACAUCAAGCAUGGGGAAGCUCGUAGGGAAGCCAGGGAGAGAGAGUUGCAAGAAGCGUGGGGAGGCUUGAGCUUGGGGAAUUCAUUAAGGCCCCAUAUAUCAAGGAUUGAACGAGACAAGGCUGCUUGGAGGAAGGCCGAGGAAGAAGAGCACACGCGGGAAACGGAAUCAUGAAGCGAACACAACACUGCUGCAGUAAGAUUCAUAAAGUGAAAUGGUUCUGCUGUACUUGGUAGUGGUUCCAUUGUCAAUAGUAGAUGGAAUAAGGACAUGAUCACAGACUGUCCGUCCUCUAGAACACAUCACAUGAAGUACAUUGCAGAUAUAAAAUGACAUGAUCAUUUGAUGA